AUGCAACGUUCUAAAUCUCACACCCCACCAAAUAGAACACCAUCUGAUAAUGUUAAUCAACGUGUUGGCAUUCCCAUUAAUUCAAACAAUGCUAACACUAACACUAACAACAAUCCCACACCAUCUGUUCCGACUGUUAACAAUAAUUCAACAAUUAACGAUAAUAGAAAUUUACAACAGAAAGGUCUUGAAUGGGUGCUUGGACGAUCAGUUCGAGUCAAAACUUUAUUUGAUGAGGAAUAUGAAGGAGAGAUUUAUGCUUACGAUUUAAGAACUAAUUAUCUACAAGCAUAUAAAGAGACACGACUUGCAUUAGCAAGAAUUGGUGUAGGUGUAACACAGGAAGCUCAAGAUAUUUUUGAUGCUUUGAGUAAAACGUUACCAUGUCGAUGGGCAGAUGAAAAAAUUGUUGUUUUGGACGAGGUUAUUAUUAAUCCACCUUAUGAUCUUGAAAAUUGUAAAGCAAGUUCGAGCGCUUCUGGCUCGCUGGCAAGAGUUCGGAAAGUGCUUGAAGGCGAGAAAAGAAGAUUGGCCAACAUUAGAAAACAAUAA